GCUGCUCAGAGCUGAGCACCCAAAGAAAGAAAGGAAGAAAAAACCCGAGGAGGUGAAGCGUCGAGAAGACGUCUUUCAUCUGUCAUGAGGGGACUGCGGCUCAAAGGAUCAUCAGCGCAGCUUUUGUGCCAAACUUUGGACUUUUCCGCGUAAACGGAGACGGGUUGUGCGCGGCGGAGGCUGAAAGAAGCGACGAAUCUCUGGGUGCAGCCUGACGGACACAUGGACGAGCAGAGGAGAAGGCCCAGUGAUGCUGCCUGCCUCCGCCUGUCCAACCUCCGCUCCGAAUAGUUUUGUCAGCAGCUAUCUGAACACGCCCGAAGAGGAUGAUGAGACCAUGAACACGGAGGAACGAGAAACCAGCAGCGUCCACAAACUGAACUGCGCCCCUAACCUCCCAAACCACAGAGCGACCUCUGAAGGCCCCGCGCUGGGCAGACACAGGUGGAUGGAGGAGCAGGACCCCGCGCCCCAUCCCACCGCCUCCAGCCUCUUCUCAUCGCAGCUCCGCCACAGCUUACCGUCCGGCUUCUGCCAGCCCACGCCCUUCCCUAGCCAGGUCAGGCUGCUCCACCCGAGCUUUGCCAGUAGCGGCUCAGGGUACCCCAACAGCCUGCCGUCCUACCUACACCAGAAGGAUGACUUCAGCUGCUCAGAAAAGAGCUGCUUCUCCAAGUACAAGUCGGUCUCCCUCCCCGAGCCGCACGGCGGCAGCAUGAGCAGCUUUGAGCAGCCCAUGUCGCUGCGCUCCAACCCACCGUCAGCAGAGCUAUAUCACCACACCUUCUCUCCAUACUCCUACCAUCCGCAUGGACCCGUCUGCUGUCCCCAGCAUCCCGCUGACGCCUUCAGCCGGAGGCCUCUGCAGCAUCCAGCCCACAGCCAACUCUAUCAUGGGGAUUGCAGACUUCCAGACCCAGAAUUCACGCAGAUCGGCCGCAGCUCUCCAGCAAAAAGGCGACACCCGGCGUACAGCAUGCCGCUGUCUCUGGAGCAGCGGAGGGUCUUCGUGACUUACGAGGCGGACAACGACAAGCACGUCAACGAGAUCAUCAACUUUGUGGCUUUGUUGCGACACAACGGCUUUGACACUCAUAUUGACAUUUUCGAGCAGCAGUUCAGGAGCAUCAGCAAGAUCGACUUCAUGGAGCGGUACCUGAGCGAGAAAGAAUACCUGAUCAUCAUCAUCAUCAGCCCCAAGUACUACGAGACGGUGACCGCCUCCCCCUUUGAGCUGGAGAAUGAUGAGAGGAUGCUGAACACGGUGUACAUCCACAAACAGCUCCAGAGCGAGUUCAUUCAGAAUGGGAGCAAAAACUUCCGCUUCAUCCCCAUUCUGUUCCCAGGAGCCAAAAAGUGUCACGUCCCCAACUGGCUACAGAACACGCACGUCUACGCGUGGCCGCGCGACCGCGACGACAUUCUACGGCGGUUGAUGAGGGUGGAGAAGUACAACCCGCCGCCCGUCGGGGAGCUCCCCACCAUCGUCUCCAUCCCCAUUUAGAGCGUGUUCCUGACAAACGGGGAUUUCUUUGGUAAAGUCGAGCUAUCGCUGUCGCUGCGGUACAACUGAAAGGAUGGCAAAAAGCAGCACUGAGAAGAAGAAGAGCGGCACCAACAUGGGUGGAGCACGAUCCAUCUGCUCUGCCAGCAGACCUACGUCUGACCAACAUCCCUAAAGACCCACUCCAAUAAAAAUGGUGUUUUUGGUGUUUUUAACAUGUGUGUGUUUUUACAAUAAAUCCAAAAAUGAAUGGAGUGGCUGUUUGAAGCUUCACAUAAUCAAACUGAAA